AGAACUCUUCCCCCCAGCUCUAAACUCGGGCGCCUUUUGCUGUAAGCGGAGUUGAUGCUGACCUGUACGCACCGCACCACACCAACUUCAGCUUUCAUGACAUUCCGCCAACCUCCCCAAGUUUCUUUGCCAACUCCUUUGCACAACAGAUUCUUGUAACAAUUCUGAUUUGUUGUAUAUCCACACAACUCGUCGAACGUCGAUUUGACAUACCACAGUGUAUAUCCAAAGCUCAGAGUUCCCUGCACCAACCCAGGUUUCAAUCCACUCACAGGCUUCCGAAUUUGGAGUCGUCGGCGACCAUGCUCACCUGAGCCUGAGUGUCCUGCCGCCGCCCGCAGUUUCAGCUGAACAUCUUAGCACGACUUGGAACUGACAUACAAACGACAAAACUACAAAAGUCAUCUACUUGCGCAAGCCCAAUACCUGCAUCAGCGACCCUCUUCAAUAUCUCACUGUAAUUUCUCCAUCUCACCAACACAUUCUACAUCGCAAGCAUGCGCGGCUGGGGUCUCUUCUUCUUCCUUCUCUUCCUCCUCCUGGUCUUCGCCGUCGUCAGCUGGGUUGCAUACAAUCAGAUCAAUGCGCGCCGGGAUGGCCGGACGGCACCAUCAUUCAAAUCAUGGAAAACGUACGUCCCAUUCAUGCCACAAGAAGGCGCCUCGAACUAUCCCGCUCCUCGGUCGACCAACCCACUAGAAUGGAUUCGCGAGCAAUUCGGCAAGUUGACCAACAGGCGCACUGCCCGCGGCGCAUAUGAAGAAGCAGGUCCGCUCGACGGAAGUGGCGGCGGUGGCGGCGGAUUCGGUGGCGCUGGUGGACGGACUGGCCGGAGGUUGGAGGACGACGCCUGGGACACAAGAGUUGGCAAUGAAGACCCAUAUGGCGAUAGAGCCGGGUAUAGCGGCUACGAGGAACAGGAAUUAGGUCUUGCGCCCACACCAGGACUACACAAUGAGCCUUACGGCGGUGGUAGUAGUGGCAGAGCUGGAGCCGGCGGUGGAGGAGACUACCUCGGCGCCGGCAGCGGCUACAACGACCGUGGCCGUCCAAGCUCAAGAGGAAUGAACCCAUUUGGCGAUCAGAAUGAAGCACCCAGUCUGAGGAGCCUCAGUCCCAGACCACAUGAAGGAGCCGGCCACAGCAAAGGCAACCCCAGCCUCGACACCAACGACAGUGGAGACGGAAAUACCAGUCCGAUCAGUACGCGGAAAAGUGUGUUUAGGGAAGGGAUUUGAUCGGAGUCAUCUGACACUUUGAAAAAAUGUCUCAACCUGUGUCAUCGAUCUGUCAGAUCCUGAUAAAUGUGCAGUUUUGCAAUUCCGCCAGGGACUGGUCGGUUUGGAUUGGAUAAUAUCUCAACGAGUCUGUGGGAUGGAUAUGGCUGGGCAGCACACACACAGGACAGGCAGGAGUAGGAGUAUGAGGUGGCCAGGCUUGUCGGACGUUGUUACGUUUCCUAGCCAUUUCCCAUCAGCGAAAGUUUUGCCAAAAUUCAAUUGUAGCCUAUUCAAAAA